GCGCGCGGGUGGGCGGGGCCGGGCGACCUUGACGUCACCGCUGGAGGGCGGUGAUGUCACUGCUGGAGGUGACGUCACUACUGAGGGGUGCGGGAAGGUCCCCCCUUCACUUUCGCCUCCCUCCCCCUACAGGUGCCUCCUCCAAGUGGGACAUCCGGGAGAAGGUUUGGGAUCACCUGGAGAGCACCGGCCUGGCCGAGUUCCCGCGGCCCGUCCACCACCGCAUCCCCAACUUCAAGGGUGCCUCCCAGGCUGCCACGAGGCUUCUGGCUUUGCAGGAGUUCAGAGCUGCCAGGACUGUAAAGAUAAACCCCGAUGCCCCCCAGAGGAACGCUCGCUUCCUCACGCUGGAAGCAAGGAAGACUUUGUUGGUUCCCACACCACGCCUGAGAACUGGGCUGUUCAACAGGAUUGUUCCACCUCCAGGUGCAACUAAGGAAGUCCUGAGAAUAUGUGCCACGUCUCAGGGUGUAAAAGAUUACAGUGUGCCCGUGGGGCUGGAUGGGAGAGCACGAGUGGACUUGGUUGUUGUGGGAUCAGUGGCUGUCUCUGAAAAAGGCUGGAGAAUUGGAAAAGGGGAAGGUUAUGCAGACAUGGAAUAUGCAAUGAUGGUGUCAAUGGGUGCAGUGCAGGAGGAUACACCUGUAGUAACCAUUGUGCAUGAUUGUCAGGUGGUUGACAUAGAAGAAGAGCUUCUUGAUGAUCAUGAUUUAACUGUGGAUUAUAUCCUCACCCCAACAAGAAUUAUCAAGACUAAUUGCAAGCGACCCAAACCUCAGGGAAUAAUAUGGCAUAAGGUCAGCUAUGAGAUGCUGGGAAAAAUCCCCAUCCUAAAGACUCUUCGAUCCAGGGAGAAGCAGACGGGCAAGGAUGUUACUCUCCAAGAUGAGCAUCCACACUUGGCAAACACCACCAGAGCAGCAGCACUGAACAAGGAGAUGGCUGAAAAUACACAACCACAGGCUGCUACAGGCUCAGCUCAAAUGGGACAACACCAUGUUGAAAGUGAUCCUUUAAGUCCCAGAUUAGAGGGAUCUGGCACCAUUACUACUGUGUUUGUGGGGAACAUACCUCCCAGCCUGAGAGUGAGCGAGCUGAAGUGUGCUUUGAGGGAAUUCCAUGUGACUCCUUUCAGAUUGAAUUGGCAGGGAGCACAGCACAGGGCUUUUCUUGAUUACAAGGAUCAAGUAACUGCAGGGAGAGCUGUAACCUCCUUGAAAGGCCUGAGCCUCGGGGGGAACACUCUGCGAGUGGAGCUGGCCAAGAGUCAGAGGAACAAAGGACAAGGAGAAAUCAAUAGUCAGAAAUGAGAAUUAAUAGAGGA